CUGAAAAGUGAUAGUGUGGCUGCGUCUGUUUGUGAGGACACCUGAGCCGAACCCCCGACACUUCGCCUUCACACCUGUGCCUGGAGAAGAAGACUGAAGAUGAGCAGUUUGGAUGAAGAAAGGUCUGACAUCAGUGAGUCUUCAGCAGAAGAAGAGGAUAGUAUCGAGGAGAAGCCUCUGAGUGCAUUAGCUCCUCUUAACGCUAAAGAGGACAGGCCGAAGGAUGUAACUGCAAGUCCUGCCUAUCAGUGCUUGGAUGAGCUGUUUGCAGCUGGUAAAAUUCCGGGAACAAGAGUAGCUGAGCUGAAGUCAAAGUAUGCCCUCCUGUAUGAGAUUCUGAAAAGCAUACAGGAAUCUGAGAUACAGCUGUUGCAAGAUGCUAAACGCUUCACAUAUCUACUUGAGCAACAAGAACAUGAACUAGAAAAGGCAGAUCAGUUCCCCGAGGGAUCAAACACUGAAGUCUCCAGAAUGAGGCAUCAAUUGCUCAAAUAUAACAAUGACCUGAAUGAAGCUGAGGAAAGGGAGUACAGGCUUCAGUAUAAGCUGGAGUGUUUACGGGAAGAAAAAAGGCUUUUGGAGCGGGAGUAUGAAAGAAUCCCCAAAACUGGAGAGUUAGAGAAGAGGGCCAAACUUCUGAAAGAAGCCAGUGAUGAGCUAAAAAAGGAGAACACCCAGAGAAUAUUGGAGAUUAAAGCAAUGAAGGAAGACCUGGCUUUAAAAGAACGAGAAAUUCAAAGAGAGCAAGCAGAGCUCGAAAAGAUACGAGAGCAACAGGAAAUAGUAAAGGAUGAACUUGUCCAGGUCCAGAAUAUCCCAGAACAAAUUGGCAAAGACAUCGAUAAGAUUAAUCGCAAAACAAUAGAAACAGAAAAGAAAAGGUUUAAGCUGGAGGAUCAGUGUCAAGAGUUAAACCAAAGCAUCAAACAGAUAGAGAAUAAAACCAAAAAGAUGUUGGAAGAGAAAGAAGAUGUUAUAAAGGAACUGGAGGGGAAAAGGAUGUUACUGGAAAAUAAAGAACAGGAAUUUAAUCGUCUGACCAAGUUACUGGAACUUUCCAAGGAAAAUGAAGCCGUUGCUCUGGGAGAGAGGGCAGCUUUGGACCUUAAUCUACGUCAUACCCUGAUAGAGAAACAGACACAACAUGAUGCUCUUACUCGGAAACAAAAAGAGAAAGACCGGGACAUGCGAAACAUCAAGAAACUGGAGCUACAACUGAAGUCCGCAAGCGAUGCCCUAAUACACACACAAUCUUUACAUGACAAGAUUAAAACAGAGAUAGACAUUUGCCCGAAAGAUGACGGCUCACUUGCAGAGAAGAGGAAGGAAUUACGCAAAGAAGUUGAAACACUUAAGAGACAGUUUGCACAACAGCAAACACUAACGGAGGUAGAGGCACACAUAUUGGCACAGUGUAUAGCUGAAGAAGAGCAACUUGUAAAGGAGCAAGGAGAAGGCCGGGAAGAGCUGGUCAACUUAACUCGUCUGGUACAAAUCAAAGCCGAUGAGAGAGAGCAAAAGUCUAGGGAUUUUGUAAAAGCUCAACAACGAUACCAACAAGUUCUGCAAGAAAUUAAGGGACGGGAUCUUGUUAUUGGAGAGCAUAAGAAGAAAAACCAAGAUGUUCAGAAAAGAUUAAAAGAAUUCGCCAAGAUGUAUGACAUUAUCCGCAAUGAAAGAAACAAGUGUGUCAGCCUCAUUCAGAUGGCUACCCAGCGAGGAGCAGAACUACGAGAAAAACUCAAAAUCUAUGGAAAUGAGAUGGAAAUACUGAGAACCAAUGUUUCAAGCAAAGAAAGGCAGCUCCAAAAGGCCAUGUUAAAGCAGACCAACAACCAUAUGAUACGGGAUAGCCUGCAAAAGGAUAUCAGUAGGCUUAGCCUUAAUCUUCAAGAAGUGAAGGAAAAGAGGGAACAGCAGAAAAUGGAGAUUGGGAGACUAACCAAUAUGAUUAAUCAGGCAGAGGAAGAAAUGGUGGGACUUCGCAAGAAGUAUGAAUCGGCUAUGCAGAACAGGAAUGAGAGGGGAGUCCAGUUAAUAGAGCGGGAGGAAGAAGUCUGCAUCUUUUAUGAGAAGAUAAAUACUCAGGAAAUGCUUCUGAGAAAUGGUGAUGUAGAGAUGAUAGUACUUGAUGAGAGGAUUCGCUUCCUGAAGAUGAAGGUCACAGAAGAGAAGAGGCAAAUUAAACAAAUUAAAAAAGAGUUGCCAAAUAAGAAGGUUCUGGGGUCAGAUCUAAUAACACUUCAAAUCCAGCUUUCCCAGUGUUAUGACAGAGUAGCUGAACUUGAGGAACUGGCACAGAGCCCUGAGAAAGAAAGCCGGACACGCAUAUUAGACGGAAAGGAUCCAUCGCUACAAGAUCUUAUAAAGAAAAUGGAGGAGUUAGAACUACAUUUGGCUGAAAAAGAGGAGCACCUGCUGGAAAAGGACUUUCUCUACGAACAAGUUUCCAAACUUUCAGAGAGAAUACGUAUUAAGGCAGAAAAUGGCAAGGAGGACACAUUGGUUCUUGCCAAAAAGAUGAAUGAUCUUCAAAAGAAAAUUAAAGACACCACUCGUAAAAUGAUGUCCUGCAUUGCGGAGCUGUCAAUGCAACAAGCCAGUUACAUCAAGCUGCAGCAGGAAACAAGAGAUAAGGAGAAGUUUGUGCAGAGGUGCUAUACAAGAAUGGAGCAAGGACUACCACCUAGUGAGGAAAUGGAACAAGAGUGGAACCGUGUAUUGCGUGAAGAGCAUAGACGCAGAAUUGAGAAAGAAGAGAAAGCUAGGGCAGAAGAAGAGGAAGAACACCACAUAUUGCCAAAUGGCAUUUAUACAACAGCUGAUCAAAGGCCAAAUGCUUACAUACCAGAAGAUGAAAAUGUCCUUCCUCUGCCUCGGCCAUAUGGGGCUCUAGCGCCGUUCAAACCCAGCGAACCUUGUGCAAACAUGAGGCACAUUAGAAAGCCGCUGAUCAGACCAAUUGAAAUCUAAUAAUGGUCAUCAGAAGACAACUAGCCUAUGCGGUCACGAGGACAUUGAAAUGGAUCUCAGACUUUAUACACUGUGCCUUAUAGUGGUCAAUACCUUGACCUCUACUGGUCUCCAGUAACGAUCAAUUACAGAAGUUUCACCACGUUAGACAAUUUUACAAAGUGAUUAAGGAGAAAUUCCAAGCUGAAUGCUUAUUGUGUCCAUGUAUAAAAUGCCGCAUGAGGUAUUGAUUUAAGAAAAGGGCCUAAAUGUUUGUAUU